GCUACGGACCCGGGAUCUGGGGUGACGGAACGGCGACCUGACCCCGGAAGUAGGCUGAAGUACCGCGGCGGCGGGCGGCGGGCUGCGGCGGAGUCUCAGAGAGCAGUGGCGGAGACGACUAUGUUCCACUUCUUCCGGAAGCCCCUCGAGUCCAAAAAGCCCUCUGUACCUGAGCCGGAAGCAGAUGGAUUUGUCCUCUUAGGAGACACAGCAAAUGAAAUGAGAUCUAAAAGCUCCGAAGCAGAAGGCGGCCAGUCUUUGCAGAGCGGCAAAGAAGACACAUCCAGUGUGACUGUAGCCGACUCCGAGACAGGAAAUCAGACAGGUCAGACUCUGGAGAACAGCUCACAAACAGCUGAGCUCCUGAGUGACGUGCCCUUCACCUUGGCUCCACACGUGCUGGCAGUGCAGGGCACCAUCGGUGACCUUCCUGACCACUUACUCUCGUACGAUGUCAGCGACAACUUGUCUCGAUUCUGGUAUGAUUUCACUCUUGAAAAUUCAGUGCUCUGUGAUUCAUAGUCUUUGUGUCUAAGCGUACCUUAAGAGCUUUAAAAGAAAGAUAGUCUGCCUAUUUUAUUGAACCUGUUUGAUUUUCCUUGUCAUUACCCUUGAAGGCCUUAAGGCAAGCAUAAAAUGAAUAAAAUAACAUCGUGUUCAUGGUUUUAUUUCUUCAGAAUAAAGUGAAUUUAUGUAAAGUUGAAAUCAACAUUUUAACAAAGGGAACUCACUUUGGAAAAAUGUAAGACUUCAGACCACCUGUGUUUCCCUCUCUGAUGGACAGUAAUCUGUUGAGAUUACCCAGGGUGGUUUUGAUGUCUCUGAAGACACAACAGAAAGAGAAACAUGCCUGUCCCCUAGUUACCAGGACUCCACAGUCAGAGCCGAGAGCGAGUGUGAAGGUGUUUCCGGGGUGCAGAGGAGGUCAGCAUGUCACUCCCUUAACAAAUCCCACAAUGUUUGGGAAUGAACUCAAAAGACAGCUUCCAGCUAACAUAGUUUUUCCAAUGUCCAUUUAGACAAACCGAUAGGGAAAUUUGAAGAUUCUCAUGAACACCAGCCACUCGUUGCUGAUUCAAGAAUGCCGUAAAGGGGACACUGUGGUUUGCCUAGAGCUG